UCCCCUCCUUUGUCUCCAGUGCGUAAUGAGCGUGCGUCAUGAGCCAGCGUUUGGUCCCUCGUCUGUAGGUUCACACAGAGAUUCAGCUCUGGAUCGGAGCAGCCAAAACAUUUCCUCUAUUGCGCUCAACGGGUUUCACACAAAACUCUGAGACAUAGGAAACCACUUGGAAUAAUCCUCGUGCAAGUGGUCGGACCAUGGAUUCGCGGAUUUUAAUCCUUGCUCUCCUGCUUGUCGUCGGUUUGGCGACAGUUUUCUGUCAGACUCCCGCACCUGGCAUAGCUUGCGAGGCGAAGAAUGGGACAAGCUGUGAGCAAUGUCUCAACAACGUGACGUGCUUGUGGUGUAUCAAAACCAAGUCGUGUAUUACAUAUCCAGUGAGGACCAUCCUUCCACCACAUUCACUCUGCCCACUGAAUGAUGCACGCUGGGGUCUCUGCUGGAUGAACUUCCAGGCGUUGAUAAUCACCCUGGCUGUGGUUGGUGGGAUCAUCAUCAUCGCCGCCCUGGUCUGCCUGUUCUGCUGCUGCAAGUGCGAGAACUUUGGAUCCAAAAGGUUCGAGGCCAAGAUGCAGAGGCAGGCCAACAAGACGAAUACCAAGCAGGAAGAAAGGAAGGCAGAGAUGAAACAGAGACACGAGGAAAUCAGGAAGAAAUAUGGUCUAAGUGGAGCAAAUCCAUACUCCAAAUUUGCAUGAGAGGACCCUUCUGUUCCCCCUGCUCCCAACCUGUGACAGACAACGACCUGUCCCAUGGUUGCAAAAGUAAACAUAACCUGAGAAUUCAUGUAUACUAUAAAUAAAACAAUCUGAAGUAGUUUUGUACAGGCAGUCUCUGGCAUACUCCAGCUAAUGAAUAGGGAUGUUGUGCUCAGUAUCAUGACCCAAGAGGCUGUAACCAAAGCUAGAAUAGACACAUGUAGUGACAGUGUUGUCAAAGGCAAUAGUGUGGCUCCCGUAGCACCACUCUACUUAUACUAUUUAUAAGCAUGACAAGCAAGUCUUAAGUUUAAACUGUACAGAAUGGAAAGAAUCCAGUUUGGUUACUGCACUAGUCCUUCCUUUUACUUAAGAAAUAUCUGCUGCGCCUGUUUCGCUCGCCUGAGCUGCUGAUAUACUUAGAAGUUAAAACCUAUUUUUGUAUUUUGUAUGAUUGUAUUUUCUACUUUCAAAUCGAAUAGAUCCUCCUAAAUUCCAUUUAUUCCUACACACUGCACCUUUAACUUAAGAUGAAUGUGUUGAUCGUAAAGUCUGUCUAGUUCUACGUUUGUCUGUUUACCCUGUAAAGAUACAAAAACCUAAUAAAAGACUAGACUUUUGUGCUUUUAUUAAAA